AUGAAUUCGAUCAGCGGUUGUUACUAUUUUCAGCGUGAUGCUUGCGCCUGGCAGUAUAUUCCACAGGUUGCCCUCAAGGCCCAUGCAGUCCUACGAGCCACCAGCUCGCGCACAACUCUGACCCAGAUCUUUAAGAACCCGGGACCUAGGCAGCUUCACGAGGUCUCGUAUCGGUUUUCACUCUACGACGGGGUCAGUGUCGUCGGAUUUCGAUGUAAAGUGGGCGAUCGGGCCCUGCGCAGCGAGGUCAAGACCAAAGGACAGGCUAGCAAAGACUAUCAAAUCUCUGUCUCGCGCGGCGCCUCGGCUGGGGUGCUUGACCAGUCCGGCCAAAACUCGGACAUCUUUCUGCUGCGGCUGGGCAAUGUGCCUCCUCGGGAGACCAUCACAGUGAGCAUCACAUUUGUGGGGGAGCUGAAGACCGACGGGCAAACCGAGGGCAUUCGAUACAUCUUGCCAAAUGACAUUGCCACUCGCUAUGGAUAUAGGAUGGACCAGGUCGUGUCCGCUCUGAUUGACCCAGUGGACAAGCAAUGCUUCGACAUAAUUGUAGACGUCUUCAUGGAGAAUGAUACCACAAUUCGGACGGUGCAGUCACCCAGCCAUCCCAUCUGCGUCAGACUGGGCCAGACUUCAUCCACUCCCGAGGAAUGUACCGAAUUCGCAAAGAGCUGUGCCUUUGCAACGUUGCAUAUUGCCGGUGAAAGCCCUAUGUUGGAGCGAGACUUUGUCCUGGUAAUCAAAGCCGACAAGACAGAUGUUCCUCGCGCUUUGAUCGAAUGCCAUCCCACAUUCCCCAACCAGCGCGCCAUGAUGGCUACCCUCGUGCCCCGUUUUCACAUCCCUGCGUCCGACCCGGAAGUGGUUUUUCUGAUUGACCGUAGUGGCAGCAUGUGGGACAAGAUUUCCACCUUGAAGUCUGCUCUGCGGGUCUUUCUAAAGUCAGUGCCCGUAGGCACCUAUCUCAACAUCUGCUCUUUCGGGACGCAGCACCAAUUUCUCUGGGCUCGUAGUCGAGGCUACGAUGGCCCCGGUCUACAGAAAGCAUUGGCUCUGGUGGACCGCCUGGAUGCAGACAUGGGAUGCACGGAGAUGACGGCUGCUGUCCAAGCAAUUGUGAAGCGUCGUCUCAAGGGACGAGAGCUGGAGGUUCUGAUUCUCACCGAUGGACAGAUUCACCAACAGCAAGAGUUAUUCGAAUUCAUCCGCGCCACUGCUGCCAAGCACACAGCUCGCUUCUUCGCUUUAGGCAUCGGUCCCUCUGCUUCUCAUGCCCUUGUGAAUGGUAUUGCACGUGCCGGUGAUGGGAUUGCCCAGUCGAUCAUGCUUCACGAGGAGCUGGACUGCACCGUUGUGCGUAUGCUCAAGGGGGCUCUGAGUCCGCACAUCUAUGAUUAUUCUCUAAGUGUCAAUGGCGAGGAGCCGAAUGAUGGUUUUGAGGUGGUUGAUCAUGAAGAGCAGAAGUCAGUGCAGGAGCCAGAUUCAGCCACUUCCCCAGAAUCGUCCCCUCGGAGAUCUAUCCUGCUCUUUGACCCCGACCUAAGGGAAUAUGACACUGAUAUCACCUUGAGCGAGCCUCCGAUUGUGCAGCCUCCGGGCAUCAUCCAAGCUCCACACCACCUUCCAACCCUCUAUCCGUUCAUUCGAACCACGGUUUACCUUCUCCUCGCAACCUCUCGAACUCCACGCUCGCUGACUAUUCGGGCUACCUCCAAAAACGGCCCACUGACACUGGAAAUUCCCGUGGAAGACGUGGGUUGUGGCGAGACCAUUCAUCAACUUGCUGCCCGGAAGAUGAUCAUCGAGUUGGAAGAGUCUGGCGGAUGGAUAGCCGAUGUCAAGGACCAGCACGGUCAGCCCUACCAUCCUGUAACCCAGUCAAGGCUAGUUAUACAAGAAUGUCAACGUCUAGGACUACAGUACCAGCUCUCUGGCCAUUAUACAUCUUUCGUGGCAGUCGAUGAAAGCGCU